AGGGGAAUAAGUGCACCGUGUAACAGGCUUUCGACACAAGUUUCUUGUGCUGCUUUACAGCUGAAGAUCCAGACAGUUUUUGUGUCAGGUACAUCGGAAUAAAGGUGUAAAAAUGAGACACGGAUUAAUAUUGAUUGCAGUUUUCAUUGCUGCAACAGGUGAAUAUAGUUCAGCUUUUAUGGUCAAACCGACCACAACAAACCACCACCCGAAGACAACAACCCACCACUCGAAGACCACAACCCACCACCCGAAGACAACAACCCAACACCCGAAGACAACAACCCAACACCCGAAGACAACAACCCACCAGCCGAAAACAACAACCCACCAGCCGAAGACAACAACCCACCAGCCGAAGACAACAACCCACCACCCGAAGACAACAACCCACCACCCGAAGACAACAACCCAACACCCGAAGACAGCAACCCAACACCCGAAGACCACAACCCAACACCCGAAGACCACAACCCAACACCCGAAGACCACAACCCAUCACCCGAAGACAACAACCCAACACCCGAAGACAACAACCCACCACCCGAAGACAACAACCCAACACCCGAAGACAACAACCCAACACCCGAAGACCAUAACCCAACACCCGAAGACCAUAACCCAACACCCGAAGACAACAACCCAACACCCGAAGACCACAACCCAACACCCGAAGACCACAACCCAUCACCCGAAGACCACAACCCAUCACCCGAAGACAACAACCCAUCACCCGAAGACAACAACCCGCCACCCGAAGACCACAACCCGCCACCCGAAGACCACAACCCGCCACCCGAAGACCACAACCCGCCACCCGAAGACCACAACCCGCCACCCGAAGACAACAACCCGCCACCCGAAGACCACAACCCGCCACCCGAAGACAACAACCCGCCACCCGAAGACCACAACCCGCCACCCGAAGACCACAACCCGCCACCCGAAGACCACAACCCGCCACCCGAAGACAACAACCCAACACCCGAAGACAACAACCCAACACCCGAAGACAACAACCCAACACCCGAAGACAACAACCCAACACCCGAAGACCACAACCCACCAGCCGAAGACAACCCACCACCCGAAGACAACAACCCAACACCCGAAGACAACAACCCAACACCCGAAGACAACAACCCAACACCCGAAGACAACAACCCAACACCCGAAGACAACAACUGCCCCUCCAGCGCCAACACCACCCACCAACAUGACAAAAGGGAAUUAUAAUGUGACUGAUAAAGAUGGCAAUAUCUGUAUUUUGGCUGACUUGGGAAUCGGGAUCCGUGUGAACACCAGUGAGGUUAAUGGCACGUUCAUCGUUCAGCCGAGGAAAACUUCUUCCGGUGGAGAAUGUUUAGAGAAAACGGCUAAAAUCAUUCUCAGUUUUGAUGAAGGCAAAUUUAUCCUAAAUUUUAAAAAUGAUGAAACAAAAAAAAUGGUCUAUGUCGAGUCAGUGGAGUUUGAUUUGACCUAUGCUUUCAAACGUGGAGCAUUGGAAAAAUACACAGGGGUGAACAAGUCUCUUGAGCUGUUUUCUGCGGCUCCGGGUCACUCUUACUCCUGCAGUGCCGAGACCGUGUACAUGGGGAAAGGUGUGAGUCUAGAUCUGACCAAUUACAGACUCCAGGCCUUCAACAUCAAAAACAAUGGAUUUGGCACAACUGAUCUAUGCAAGGCUGAUCAACCGGACUACCGUGUUCCCAUCGCCGUGGGCAUAAUCCUCAUCAUUCUCAUCGUCAUUGUAGUCAUUGCUUAUCUUAUCAGCAAAAAACGGAGAAGUAAUGGGUACCAGUCACUAUAGAGGCCUAAAAGUCCUGAUUUAUACCAGCGAUUCUGGAGAUUUAAUCCUGUUAUGUGCUUCUCAAGUGAAUGUUGCUCAUAUACCGAUGAUGAACGUGGAUGGGGAUCUGUCCAAACAAUGUUUACUAUUCAGAGAUGGUAUGUCGCAUCCUAACACAAGCUGCAAUCAUACAAACAAAUGGCUAAACUAGUGCAUGCCUUAUUUAGCCUAUUCUCAUCCUGACAUUACAGAAGGAUGUGCAAAAUGUACAUUUGCUCCAUCUUGUGUAAGUGUUCUGUUCUGUAGGUGCUCGUCUCAUGCAUUGCAUUUUCUGUGAUUGGCUGAUCAGCCAACGUUAAUCUCAUGAAUAUGUCCAAAUUUGUUUUCAAACCGAAAGGCUGGAUUAAAGGGAAUUCAGUUGCUUGUGUUUAUGUUGGGAUAUAUAGGCUUUCACUGUGUUUUGUAAUUAAUAAUAGAAAGGAUUUUAUUUCUGUUGUGCUUCUUUUUUGUUUUGACAAACUAAAGGGCUUUACUAUUCUGUAUUGUGAUCUGAAUGCACUGAAUAAUGCAAAUAAUGUGUAAUUUGGAUACAUAUAAUACAUAAUUUGUCCUUAAAAAUUAUUAUAAAAUACAAAUUAUUAAAAUUAUUUGUCUUUCUCACCCUG